AUGGCGGCCAUGACAACGACAUCCGCCUCUGCAGGCCUGUUGCCAGCAGUCUCCUCAGUUUGCCUCAAGGACGAGAGCCUUUCUGUUGCCUCCUCUUUCACUCCGCUAAUGUCCACUCAGGCGGGAAUUUUCGGGAAUUCUCUUCGCCAGCGGUCUCGAAAUGCUUCGCGCAAAGCAGGUUCCCCAAAUCAUGGAGCCCUUCAGGUUGCUGCGAACACAAGCGCUUCAAGCGAUUCUGAGAAGGCUCGGCUGGAGGCGAUGGUGGAGGAGAACGCGCGGCUGAAAGCGCGCCUGGCGGAGCUGGAGGGGGCGCUCUCGCUGGCCAUGCAGGGAGGCGGCGCUCCUGGCUCGCCUGCUGUUGCCGCUGAUGUGGCAACAGCAGCAGCACCAGCCUCAUCAUCUGUUGAAGUUAUAGAAGAGGCCGUAGGAACAGCUCAGAAAAGACAAGCUGUGCCAGCCACUGCCGCCCAGCAGAUUAUCUGGCCGUCUCCCCAGGAGGAGCUGCCGUUUUGGAUGCGCUGGCCAACCAGUGAAGGAUACGUGGCAGCAGCAGGGGUGACGAGCAGCGGGUCAACAGGGGACGGAGUGGUGGGAGAGAGGGACUCGGAGCGCAUUCACAUUGUGCACGUGACUGCAGAAAUGGCUCCCCUGGCGAAAGUCGGCGGCCUUGGGGAUGUGGUAACAGGUUUAGGCCGAGCCUGUCUGGCGCGGGGCCACACGGUGGAGGUGAUGCUGCCAUUUUAUGAGUGUCUGGACACCAAGCAGAUCGCCAACCUGCAGCUCAAGCGCUCUUUCGGCUCCUACUUCAAGGGCGACUGGGUCGGCGUGGAGGCGUUCAGUGGGGAGAUCUCAGGCGUGCCAGUGGUGCUGCUGAAGCCUGAGAACCACUUCUUCAGGGGAGGGCGCAUCUACGGCGGCUCCUACAACGAGCUCGAGGCCUACCUCUUCUUCAGCCGCGCCAGCCUCGAGUUCCUGCAGGUGACAGGAGCGCAGCCGGACAUUCUGCACGUCCACGAGUGGCACACAGCAGCGGUCGCACUGCUGUACUGGGACAUGUACCACCAGCUCAACCUGCAGAAGCCACGCCUGAUCCUCACCAUUCACAACAUGGAGCACCAUGGGGAGUGCAGAUGGGAGCAGCUGGACAUGUGUGGUCUGGAUGGACAAUCAUACCUCGACACCGAGAAGGCCAUGGAUGACCGCACAGUGGGGCACAAUCCUGAGAGGCUGUCCAUGCUGAAGGGAGGGAUCGUAUACUCCAACAUUGUCACCACCGUGAGUCCAACCUAUGCCAGCGAGACUCUCUGCAAUGGAUGGCUUUCCAACACGCUUCUCAAAUACCGCACCAAGUACUUUGGUGUGCUGAACGGGAUCGACACGGAGAUGUGGGACCCGCAAACCGACCCCCAUCUGCCCGCCCAUUUCUCACCCACCAGCCUGGCAGGCAAGAUGCUGUGCAAGCACUAUGUGCAGAGGGGACUCGGCCUCACACCUGAAAUAACACCCGAGGCUGCAGAGAAGCUUGCAGCUGAUGCGUCAGCAGGGCCCGUGGCUGACUCGGCGCUGACUCAGCUGGUCACAGGGGAGCGGUCCCCAUUGGUGGUGUGCGUGACUCGUCUGGUGGCCCAGAAAGGCAUUCACCUGAUUCGCCACGCCAUCUACCAGACACACAAAUACGGCGGGCAGUUCAUUCUGCUUGGCUCAUCGCCCGAUGGCCGAGUGCAGGGAGACUUUGUCAAGAUCGCAGAAGAGUUCCAAGAUGGCGGCAGUGUUCGUCUUGUUCUUACGUACAGUGAGAGCCUGGCUCACCAACUGUUUGCGGCGGCGGAUAUGGUCCUCGUGCCCUCCAUGUUCGAGCCGUGCGGACUCACCCAGAUGAUCGGCAUGCGCUACGGCACUGUGCCGGUGGUGAGGCGGACAGGGGGACUAGCCGACACAGUCUUUGAUGUGGACGAUGGGGGGAACAAAGAGAAAGCUAAUGGCUUUGUGUUUGAUGGAAUCGGUGAGGACGCACUCGAUUCAGCCCUCUCUCGCGCUGUCAAGUACUACAAAGACCGCCCUGAGUGGUGGCAGCAGCUGACGUCUACAGUGAUGAGCAUCGACAACAGCUGGAACAAGGCUGCUAAGGAGUAUAUCUCUCUCUAUGACAGCAUCAGAGCGCCGCCUGCGCCGACUAGAAGUAGUACCCAUUGCCCCUGUGCCGCGCCGCGCCGUCCCCCCUCUAAAGCGUCGCAGCGCCACGCUCGUCCCAUGCGGCCAUCUCUCUUCACUCACCACCCCCCGUCCGCCACCCCCUUCAAAUCCUCUGCCUGCUUCCGCGCGCAGGCGUGCAGCGCGCAGCAGCAGGGCGGAGCGGCGCAGCCGGGGGCGAUGCUGGCGGGGUUCGAGUACCCGGAGCACGUGUGCGGGGCGGCGUGGCGCGACGAGUACGCGCAGCUGCACGCGCGCAUCAGAGCCGCCAGCAGAGACGCAUGGCGGGCGCGACAGCCGCCAGCCACCCCGCCUCCGCCUGCCGCGCCGCCGCCUCCGCCCGCUGCGCCGCCGCCACAGCCAGCUGAUCCGCUGCGCAGGCGCCUGGCGGACGGCUCUCCCCCCGCCGUGGAGCCGGCGGGCGCCGCGGCGGUGCGGUUCCUGACGUACGACUGGUACGGGUCGUGCGGCGGGCUGGGCGACUACCUGAUCGGGCUCGUGUCGCUCUUCCCCGCCGCGCUGCUCGACCGCCGCGCGCUGGUGGUCGCGCAGCCGUGCAUGCACGCCGCGUUCCGCUCGCCGCACAUCGACACCGCGCUCUCCCCGGACGUGCCCAUGGGGGGGCGCCCGCUGCUGCGCGCCACGCCUGUGGACGCCACCGCCACCGCCACCGCCACCGCCACCGCGCGCGACGGCGACGGCGCCAGCGCCGGCGACGGCGGCGGUGCCGACGUGGAGUGGCACGCUCCCCCGUGCGAGCGGCUGGAGGGCAACCUGGGCGCCGCCGCGGAGGUGCGCGCGGACAGCAACAGCAACAGCAGUGGCGGCGGCGGCGGCGUACCAUGCUUGGACCUGCUGCGGCACACGUUUGAGAUGGAGGCGCUGCAGCAGCUGAGCGCGCUGAGCAACUACCGCGUGCGGUACAACAAGGGCAUGCUCAUCACCACUCUCCUGCGCGACCAGGGCCCGUGGGCCGCCGCGUUGCGGCAGCUGGGCUUUAAGGUCGCGUACGGCUUCGGGUGCAUACUCCGGUUCCUCUUCAGCCCGCGGCCAGAGGUGUGGCAGCUGUUGGUGGGGAUGGAGGAGCAGGCGUGGGGAGAGGGCGUGGUGCGAGUGGCCGUGCACGUACGCGUACCAGACCGUGAGGUGUGGCAGAAUGAUGGCAUGACGGCCCAGAACAUGACGCAGCAGCAGUUGGACGAUCUUCUCGGCAAGGCCAACAGCACACUGCAGUGCGCCCAGAAUGAUGGCAUGACGGCCCAGAACAUGACGGCACAGCAGCUGGAAGACCUACUCGGCAAGGCCAACAGCACACCGCAGUGCGCCCAGGGGGGGGUGGAGGAAGAUCACAUCACAGAAUUCUCAUUCCCCUUCCCUGUCUCCCCGUCCCCAUGGGAAGGGGACCGGCCUCCUCUCCCCCGCCUCUCACUUUUGGCAUGGCAGGCAGUGGAGGAGUACUGUACUGUGGUGGAGGAGUUCUGGUACCCGCCUCCCGUGAAGGUGAAGUGGAUUAUCAUCACCAACUCUCACCUGCUCAAGCAAGCGCUUAAAGCCAAGUACCCACACAAGGUGGUGGCCACAGACUUCAUCCCCUGGCACUCCGCCCAAGCCACGCAGCACGAAAACACAGAUUUCCAAUCAUCAUCUUCACCGGCUGAGCGUGACGCGGCGCAGCGAGGCCUGCAGCACUUCAGGGAAACAGUGGCGGAGUGGGCGCUCAUAGCAUCGUCUCACUCCUUCAUCAUUCCAGCCUCGGGGUUCUCGCGCACUGCUGCGCUCUACGCCCUGCGCCCACUCGACAUCUACGUGCCGCCUCCUCUCAACCCUCCCAAGGCUGCUGAGAAUCCUCAAAAGCAGCCUCCUCCCAGCGCCUGCGACCCCGAGAAGCCCGCAGCCAUCGAUCGCUUAGGAGUCACCUGGAGUGGCAUCUAG